AUGGAUGAUUACAAACAGCUAGGUCCAAAUGAGAUAAUUAGCUCUCAUAGAAAUACAUUUUUUUUUACAUUAUUACAAAAUGAAGGAUUAACAAUAGUGGAUUUAUUGCAGAAUCAAGAAUUAUCACUAAAUCAAAAGAAUUCAAAUUUAGCUGAAUUGUUCAACAGACCAGAACUAGAAGUUGAUGUUUAUUAUGAUUUAUUGAGAAAAGAUUUUAAUGUUGAACCUACCGAUAUUGAUGAUAUCUUUGGUGAUGAAAAUGAGAAAUAUAUCAAGACUGGGAUUCAGUCAAUUGAUGAAGAUUUAGGUGGUGGAUUACCAAUUGGUGAAGUUACAGAAUUAUUUGGAGCAAGUGGAUGUGGGAAAUCUCAAUUAGUAUUUCAAUUUAUCAAAAACUGUCUAAAUGAAUUGGAAGAUUCCAAAGUUGUUCAUAUAUCAACUGAGACUAACCUAAAUUCUACAAGAUUAAAUGAUUUUUUGGAGAAUGAUCAAACAAAAAUGGAAAAAAUCUCAUGUAUAUAUUGUCCAGAUUUGAUAUAUCAAGAUCAUAUACUAUAUACUCAAGUGCCGAUUGAAUUAGAGAAAAAUUCAAGUACAAAAUUAUUAGUCAUUGACUCAAUAUCUCAUCAUUUUAGAGGAGAUGAUUCAAUAUCAAGCAGUGAUAUACUAAAAGAAAAGAUGGAGUCAAUUGUGACAAAUUUGGAAGAUGAUCCAGAUUUUGAAGAGUUAAAACAAACUGAGAAAAAGCAGUCGAAGUUCAAAAACUACAAGACUGAAAAAUACUCCAAGAGAGUUCAAAAAUUAUAUUACAUGAUUCAUUUGUAUAGACAUUUAAACAGAUUAGCUAAAAAAUAUCAAAUUGCAAUUGUUGUUAUAAAUCAAGUUAGUGAUUAUGCAUCAGAUAUAAAUACAGACUAUGGUCAAUACCUAAUUGAAGAUAUAGAUGAUCCAUUAAAUUAUGAUUUUCAAAUUCCAAUAUCAGCAGGAUGGGAUCAAAAAUCUAUAUUUAACUUACUACCUAGACAUUUUAUAACUACUGAUUCCCAAAAUACAUUACUGAAUAUUCAAAUAAAUGAAAGAGAUGUAGAAUUAUUAGAUUUAGAAAUUGAAAAAUCAAUGGAUAUAUCAAACAAAAGAUACAGGACAACCAAUGAAUAUGAUCCAAAAAACAACAAAACCAAUGUGGUUAAUUUACUCGAAAAUCAAAAAGAAUUAAUUUUAAAAUCUUAUAAUUUAAGAAACAAAAAUUCAAUAAAUAAAUUAAUUCCAACUUUAGGUUAUACAUGGUCAAUGAAUUUACAAAACAAGAUAAUGGUACUGAAGAAAUAUAAACCAGAUCUUAAAACCAAAAAGGAAAUAGAAGAAGAAGCAGAAAAUUUUAACUCAAUAGAUUUAGAAUCAGGUAUAUCUUUUAAUCAACUAAUGGAAGAAGUAAAUUCAAAUGGUAAACGACCUUCAAGUUCUUCUUCAAAUCCUCAAUCUAUAGACCUAAUCAAUAAGACUACAAAUUCUUUAUUAAAAGGUUGGAAAGUUCAAAGAUUUAUAAAAGUUAUUCAAAGUUCUAAUAAUUUCUUAAAUGAAAGUAAUUUUGAAUUACAUAAAUUUGUUAUAGAGAAAGAUAGAAUCACUUAG